UAUGCUGAUAACACCUGCUAUUCUUACGAUAAACUUGCAUACAAACAAAUGCUUACAACGUACCUGAAAUUUUUAGUCGCCCACGUUUAAUGAUAAUUCUGUGCAGGUUGUAAAAAUGCAAUAAAAUUCAUUCUCCAUUGAAAUCAGUAAAAUAUUAGCAGUGCAGGGAGAAUGAAAAAUGGAGUUCUCUGAAAUUCCUAACGAAAGAAAAUUAGACUGUUUUGUGAAACCUUAUGAAAUGUGUUGUACACCCUAUUACAAAUUGGAUUUUAGCGAAAUUACAAAAGAAAUGUGUAAUGAUGAAAAAAUUAAAAUUAACAUUGCAAACCAAAUGAAGGUUUGCAAAAUAAUAAUCGUUGGAGAUGUCUCUGUUGGAAAAACUUCGAUUGUCAACAGGUUCUGUAGAAAGAUGUUUGAUAGUUCAUACAAAUCGACAAUAGGAGUUGAUUUCGAAACAGAAAGGUUUUAUAUUCUAGGAAUACCUUUCAAUUUACAAAUAUGGGAUACUGCUGGUCAGGAGCGAUUCAAGAGCAUAGCCCAGUCUUACUACAGAAAUUCACAUGUUGUUAUUGUCGUUUUUGAUUUAUCUAAGCCAGAAACUCUUUCGAACACACGGAGAUGGUUCUUCGACGCAAUGCAAACUUGCGGCGAUAUGUUGCCGUAUGUGUUUUUAGUUGGAACUAAGAAAGACUUGAUGGGUGGAUUCGCAUAUAAGAAUUCUGAGCUGAAUGCUGUAACUAUGGCGAAAGCUAUAAAUGCUGAAUAUUGGCCAGUAUCUUCGAAAAGCGGAGAGAAUAUAGACAAACUGUUCGCUAGAAUAGCGGUACUAGCUUUCGAUGACUCUGCUAAGAAUGAAUUAUUGAAACCCAAGAAGGUUUCUAUUGGUUCAGAAUUGAUUUCUUUCAAGAAUAAUAAAAAAGUUGCUUCCAAAAGUAACUCCAUGUGUACGAAUUGCAAGAGAAGUUGAAGAGAAACGGAAGGGAAUUACAAGUUAGGCCUUGUUUAUGCUGGCCGGGCUUAUUGCCUAACCCCUUAUGGAUUUUCGCCUUUCGAGAAAUAUAAAAAUUUUAGAUUUUAAGGUUUGUUUCUGCUGGCCAGUAACCUCAACUUUUAUAUAUAGUUGUAUUUAUUGCAGUUUAACAUCCAAAAUCCUGCAAAUUUUAAGUUUACUCCUAGAGUUAGGGACUAGGGAACAAGUUAUGGGCCAGCAUAAACAAGGCCUCAGUGUUUAUUUUCCUUCUUCAAUGUUAGUUUUCAGAUUUGGAUUGUACAAACAAGUAAUUUACUAUAUAAUAACAAUAAAUUCUAUAAAGAGCAAAAUUGUU